AUGUCUCGAUUUAUAAAACCACUACAAGAAUUUUUAACAUCAAAAAAGGACUUCUCCAUUGUCUACUCAUCAAACUCAGUUGGCUCAUUAAUUACAAAUCAAACUGAAAGAAUAUGUGUUUUGGAUUCGUCAUUUAAUCCACCACAUUUGGCUCAUUAUGCAUUAAUUGAAGAACUGUUAAAUACGAAACAUGAUAACAUACCUAUUGAAAAUAAGCUGAUAUUACUUCUACUAUCCGUUAAGAAUGCAGACAAGAUACAUCCACAACCAGAAUCAUUUGAUAAAAGAUUGGAAAUGAUGUACUUUAUGGCAAAUCACUUAACAAAGAAUUAUCCCAUAAAUGUAUCAAUAGGAAUUACAAAUCAUGCAAAAUUUGUUGAUAAGUCAUUAUCAAUAUUAAAUUUCUUAGAAUCUCAAAAAAUAACUAUUCAUACUGGUUUUAAACUAACAUUUUUAAUUGGUUUUGAUACUUUGAUUCGUAUAUUUGAUCCAAGAUAUUAUUUACCAGAUAAAUUAUCAAAUUCAUUAGAUCAUUUUAUGAAAAUGACUGAUUUAUUUUGUUUAACAAGACCAACUGAUGAAAUUAAUGUUUUACAACAACCUAAUUAUGUUAAGGAAAUAGCAAGUGGUAAACAUGAAGAAAUUCCAAGUUCUUGGUCAAAUAGUAUUUUUUUACUCAAAGAUUUAAAUGAAAAAUUAGCUCAAAUAAGUAGUUCAAGUAUAAGAAAAAGUAUUAUAAAUGGUGAUAAUAAAGAUUGGGAAUUACAAGUUAUACCGGAAAUUAGGGAUUAUAUUAUUGAAAAUAAACUUUAUCAAACAAAAUAA